AUGAGAAACCAUACCAUAGUUACAGAGUUUGUACUCUUGGGCAUAACAGACAACCCAGAGCAUCAAGCUGUCAUGUUUGCCUUUUUAUUCCUGGCUUAUGUAUUAAGUAUCACUGGUAACCUAACCAUCAUCAUCCUAACCUCAGUAGACAAUCAUCUAAAGACACCUAUGUAUUUCUUUCUCCAGAAUUUCUCCUUCUUAGAAAUUUCAUUCACCAGUGUUUCUAUCCCCAGAUUUUUGGCAUCAAUCAUUACUAAAGUCAAGACCAUUUCUUACAAUAAUUGUUUAGCUCAAUUAUUUUUCUUUAUCUUCAUGGGUGUGACUGAAUUUUUUCUUCUCACUGCCAUGUCUUAUGAUCGUUACGUGGCCAUCUGCAAGCCUCUUCAUUACACCACCAUCAUGAACAAGAAAAUCUGUAUUCUGCUUGUCUGUAGUUCCUGGGUAGCAGGAUUUCUUACCAUUUUCCCACCUCUCAUGCUUAUCGUCCAGUUAGAUUUCUGUGCUGCCAAUGUCAUUGACCACUUCUCUUGUGACUAUUUCCCCAUUUUACAGCUCUCCUGCUCAGACACAUGGCUUUUAGAGACGAUUGGUUUUUACUUUGCUUUUGUUACUCUGCUCUUCACACUGGCAUUAGUGAUUCUGUCCUACAUUUUCAUCAUUAGCACCAUUUUGAGAUUCCCAUCUGCCAAUCAGAGGAAAAAGGCCUUCUCCACAUGUUCUUCUCACAUGAUUGUCAUUUCCAUCUCUUAUGGAAGCUGCAUAUUCAUGUACGUCAAGCCGUCAGCCAACGAGCGAGCAUCAUUAACCAAAGGGAUAGCCCUCCUCAACACUUCCAUUGCCCCCAUGUUGAACCCAUUUAUUUAUACCUUGAGGAACCAGCAGGUAAAGCAAGCUUUCAAAAACCUUGUUCAUAAACUAGUGUUUUCCAGAAGCCAAUAA